UGUGAUAACAGCUGCCUUGCUAGCUGAAUAACUUUUUUUUAAUUUAUGAGCUGUGGGACCUUUAACACCAAAUUUGUAUACAAAAAUUAUAAGGAACAGCCAACUCUGCUGCCAGACUCCACCUUCAAUUACCAUCCACAUGAAAUCUGUAGGAACAAGGUUAAACCAACAAAGGAAAGGCACAAAGCUGAAGCAAGCAUGUGCGCUGAAAGCUCAGAAGAUACAUGGAAAGAAUAUUCAUUUAAUUUCAAAGCCCAAACAUACUAGAGGACCUUGUCUGAUUAUUCAGCGCCAAGAAAUGGCAACUUUCUUCAAAUUAUUUGAUGAUGACCUAAUCCAAGACUUUCUGUGGAUGGAUUGCUGCUGUAAGGUCUCUGACAAGUACCUUUUAGCUAUGACCUUUGUAUAUUUCAAGAGAGCUGGUUUUGAAAUAAGUGAACAAACCAGAAUGAAUUUCUUUGUUGCUUUAUAUUUAGCCAAUACUAUGGAAGAGGAUGAAGAAGAAUACAAGUAUGAAAUCUUUCCGUGGGCUCUUGGAAAGAAGUGGAAGAAAUUAUUCCCAGAUUUUUUAAAGCAGAGAGAUCAACUUUGGGCAAAAAUCAAUUAUAGGGCAGCUGUAAGCAAACGGUGCUGUGAGGAGGUAAUGGCAAUUGCUCCGUCUCAUUACAUCUGGCGACGAAUAAGGCCACUACAUCAUAGUGGUGCCAUCAGAAGGUACACACAAAAUGAAGUCAAAAUACCUCGGGGUCCAUGUUGUACACCUGUUCAUUGUUCACUCUGCACCCAGAAAGAGGAUUAUCUUAGCAUGCAUAUAUCAUCAUCUUCUUCUUGUGAAAGUCUAAUUAUAAGGAAGAAAGAUUUUCAUCAGAGUAAUUCUGAGCAACAACUAGAUAACCUGGAGUCUGCUGUUUGCUGUACAUCAAUAGACAAUCAAACCAUACAAAAUGGGGGAAGAAUGUACAACCCUGGUGUAAAAGACCCAGCCAUGGACUGGUUUAAUGGAAAUGAGGAGUAAGGAUGCGUUGCAAAUAAUGUUGGAUUCAUGUCAC